UACUCUUCGAGUAUCUUCAUUCAUAAUUCUCUGUGUAGAAUUGGUUCUACAUGGAGUCUGGUUACAACUUUUUGGAUCGAAUUUAAGUGCAUUAUUUUGAUCCGCGUAUGAGAUUCCGAUCGCAUUUAGUGUCGAAAGCUACAAAAUAUGUGCUAUUUUUAGCAGUUUGGAGUAUCUAGUGGGCAAGUUGCUAUCCAGUUCUGAGAGCCAACCCAUGGUGUCAACUAAAACUCUUUAUCAGGAAACACUCUCUUCGUUCUGUUUUGCUUAAGAGUAGGGACUCAAAACAGGUGAAACCAUUUUCCCAUGAGGCUCAACAAGAACACUCCAUGUAGAACCAGUGACCAAAUAGUAGGUAGUUACGCUGCCACGAGGGAAAAUUGGUUAGAGAUAACGGUAACAAUCUGCCAAAACACACUCACUAUGGAGCCAUAAGCACAGAUUGCAUUUGCACAAUGAAUAUCCUUGGGUCUCCUACUUGGAUGCAAUGCAGAAGACCAACCAGCGCAGAUCGGGGUCAGGGGUAGACACGGCUGCUCUCAAGAGCCUCAAGGUGAAAACAGGUAUCUGUAAGCGAGUAAUGAAGGAGCUGCACUCUUACGAACAAGUGGUGGACAAGGAGUUUGCCAAGACACAGAAUGUGAAAAACUCACAAGCCUGCUCUUUUGAUAUCAAGCGACAGGAGCAUGUGCUGCAAGAAUCCUACAUGAUGGUACCCAACUGUCAGAAGCGCCUUGAAACGGCCCUUACAACCCUAGAGAAAGCAGUGAAAGAGUGUGGAGCAAUGACGUCCUCCGAGGAGUGUAAGGAGCUUUUGGCGGCCACGCAACUCAUUGCGCAAGUGAAACCCAUCUUCGCUGAUCUUACUAAUUAGGGAGAAAUUAUUAAUUGUCGUGGUUACCAGCGUGUAACUUAGCAGCCAAAAGAUCCAUGAGUUAGAGUACAAGAAUUUAUUUCAGUAAAUGAUUUGUGAACAAUGGUGAAUCAAUUUUUGACACUGUUCCCAGAGUUGUGUUAAAAUCCUACAAGCUUUAAUAUAAGCAUUGUAAGUCAUUCUGGAGUUGACGCGGCUAUCGCUGCUCAAAACUACCAGCAUCCCUAUUUUUGUAA